AUGGCCGCAUAUAAUCUCUUCGUGGGAACAUUCAUCCACCUCCCCCGCACCCCCAGCGCGGAUGGGAAACACGCCCUUGACAUCAAUCAUGGCGCGCUCUGGGUUUCUACCUCGUCGGGUCGGAUUGAAGGGUGUGAUUGGAGCGUACGCAGCGACGCGGACAUCCACACGCUGUUGAAGAAGAAUGGUUGGACGCAAGAGACGGUGAAGAUCACCAAGGCCCGUGAGGAGGAGAACGAGUUCUUCUUCCCGGGUUUUAUCGACACGCACAUCCACGCCCCGCAGUACCCCAACACAGGCAUCUUCGGCUCCUCGACGCUCCUCGACUGGCUCGAAACCUACACCUUCCCCCUCGAAUCGUCCUUCAGCAACCUCGCCAAGGCCCGCACGGUCUACGACACCGUCAUCUCCCGCACCCUCGCCAACGGCACCACCUGCGCGUCCUACUUCGCUACAAUCCACGUCCCCGCCACAACCCUCCUUGCCGACCUCUGCCACGCCCGCGGCCAGCGCGCCCUCAUCGGCCGCGUCUGCAUGGAUAACCCGGCGUUCUGCCCGGACUACUACCGCGACGAAUCCGCCGAGGCCUCGCUUGAGAAAACGAAACAGGUCGUGUCGCACAUCCACGCCCUCGCCGCGACCGCUGCCCCAACCCCAGCAACCUCCAACUCCGACACCAAACCCACCCCGACCACCCCCCUCAUCCACCCCAUUCUCACCCCGCGCUUCGCCCCAACCUGCUCCCCAGCCGCCAUGCGCGGCCUCGCCGCCCUCGCCGCAUCCGUCUCCCCACCCCUCCACAUCCAAACCCACAUCGCCGAAAACAAAUCCGAGCUCGACCUCGUCCGCUCCCUCUUCCCAGCACAACCCUCCUACGCCGCCGUCUACGACGUCCACGGCCUCCUCACACCACGCACCAUUCUCGCACACGGCGUGUACCUCUCCGCCCCCGAACGAUCCCUCAUCGCCGCCCGCGGCGCCAAGAUAUCCCACUGCCCCGCCUCCAACUCCGCGCUGGGGUCCGGCAUGUGUCCCGUGCGCGACCUGCUCGACGCUGGCCUCACUGUCGGCCUCGGCACAGACGUCUCCGGCGGCUAUAGCCCGAGCAUUCUCGAGGCGGUGCGGCAGGCGUGUCUCGUCUCGCGGCUUGUGGAGGCCGGGCGGGAGCCGGGGCCCGGACGGGAAACGGCCAGUGCGGUGCUGAGUGUCGAGGAAGGAUUGUAUCUUGCGACGCGCGGCGGCGCCGCCGUCGUCGAUAUGGCGGCCGAGCUGGGCGGCUUCGAGCUCGGCAUGGUCUGGGAUGCGCAGAUGGUGCGGCUGGGCGGGGCGGUGCGGGACGGGGACGCGAGUAGCAAUUGCUGUCGCGCCGCCAACGGUACGGUGGAUGUCUUCGGGUGGGAGUCGUGGGUGGAGAAGGUCCAUAAGUGGGUAUGGAGCGGGGACGACCGCAACGUGCGCGCGGUGUGGGUGCGCGGCCGGCUGGUGCAUUCGCUUGCCUCUGCUGCGUCUACGGCUACGGCUACAGGUGCAUCUGGGUGGACGUGGAAAUGGACAUGGCUCUGCGGGGCUGGGCUGGUGGGAGCAUGGUUUGCGUUUGAUAGAGUCAUGCGGUGA